AUGAACUCCAGAAUAUUAGACACUGCACCACCUACGCCAGCUCCUAAUAGCUGUGAUGACACUACUUAUGUUGGUGGUCCUGGUGGCUGCCGUGUCGUCGCUAGUGUUCCAGCUGCGUUCUGCGCCCGAACUCGAACUGAGUACUGCUUACCCGGUGUCAGCGGUUUAAUUAUUGUCGACUGA